AUGCCGAGGGACCACCGCUUUGUAAAUGAUGUGGAGCAAACCGGGGACCUGAAGGAGCGGAGGUAUUUUAUCAAUGUGUCCCUGUCGCCCGGGCAACCGCUCCUGGUGGCCCUGUCAGUCUUUCUCCGCCUGCCUUUCAGAGCCAAGCUGCUCCCACCCACACCAUGUGGCUAUGUGGCGGAACAGGUUAGGGCACUUAGGGUACCCAGGGAGGAGAGAGGCAAGCCAGGAGGGGCUGGGACAGCCAGGGCCAGGCCUUUGUCUCGUCCCAUCCCCAGGAAGCCUGAGAAGGGCGUCCAGUACCUCAUCGAACGUGGCUUUGUGCCUGACACGCCAGUGGGGGUGGCCCACUUCCUGCUGCAGCGCAAGGGCCUCAGCAGGCAGAUGAUCGGCGAGUUCCUGGGCAACCGACAGAAACAGUUCAACCGAGAUGUGCUGGACUGCGUGGUAGACGAGAUGGAUUUCUCUGCCAUGGAGCUGGACAAAGCUCUCCGGAAGUUCCAGGCACACAUCCGGGUCCAAGGGGAGGCUCAGAAGGUGGAGCGGCUCAUCGAGGCGUUCAGCCAGCGGUACUGCAUCUGCAACCCUGGGGUGGUUCGGCAGUUCCGGAACCCAGACACCAUUUUCAUCCUGGCCUUUGCCAUCAUCCUGCUCAGCACAGACAUGUACAGCCCCAACGUCAAACCUGAGUGGAAGAUGAAGCUGGAGGACUUCGUCAAGAACCUGUGAGGUGUGGACGAUGGUGAGGACAUUCCCCGGGAGAUGCUAAUUGGGAUCUAGGAGCGCAUUCGCAAGUGGGAACUGAAAACCAACAAGGACCACGUGUCCCAGGUGCAGAAGGUGGAAAAGCUCAUCGUGGGGAAAAAGCCGAUUGGAUCCCUGCAUCACGGGCUUGGCUGUGUGCUCUCUCUGCCCCACCAGCGGCUGGUCUGCUACUGCCGGCUCUUCCAGGUUCCAGACCCAAACAAGCCCCAGAAGCUCGGGCUGCACCAGCGAGAAAUCUUCCUGUUUAAUGACCUCCUGGUGGUGACCAAGAUCUUCCAGAAAAAGAAGAACUCGGUGAUGUACAGCUUCCGACAGUCCUUCUCCCUGUAUGACAUGCAGGCUCAGCUCUUCGAGAACCAGUACUACCCCAAUGGCAUCCGGCUCACAUCUGCUGUCCCCGGAGCAGACAUCAAAGUGUUAAUAAACUUUAACGCUCCCAAUCCUCAAGACCGGAAGAAGUUCACCGACUACCUGCGGGAGUCCAUCAUGGAAGUGCAGGAGAUGGAGAAGCACAGGAUAGAGUCGGAGCUCGAGAAGCAGAAAGGCGUCGUGCGGCCCAGCAUGUCCCAGUGCUCCAGCCUCAAAAAGGAGUAGCAAGGGACGCUGAGCCGAGCCUGCCUGGAUGACAGCUACGCCAGCGGUGAGGGCCUCAGGCGCAGCGCCCUCAGCAGCUCCUUGCGGGACCUCUCCGACGCGGGGAGGCGAGGGGGUCGCUGCAGUGUGGGAUCACUCGGGAGCAAUGUGGAAGGGUCCAUCAUUAGCAGUCCUCACAUGCACUGGAGAGCUACAUCAACACGAGAGUGUCCAUCUCGCCCACACCAGACUAUGCCUAACUCAUCCUCCCUCCUGGGCUCCUUAUUUGGGAGUAAGAGAGGGAAGCCCCCUCCCCAGGCCCACCCGCCCUCAGCCCCUCCCCAGCCACCCCCCCACCCACUGGGCCUGCCCCACGUGCAGCACUCUGGGGCCAGCCACCACCAGGGGCCUGCUGAGGGCCCACCGCAGGCCCAGGUGCAUGGGCACCAUGCCCAGUACUGCCACGUGCAGCAGAACCCGCCCCCCUACCACCACCACCACCACUACCACCCCCCCCAGCACAUCCAGCAUGCACACCAGUACCACCAAGGCCCCCACGGGGGGCACCAACCCUACGGGGCCCACGUGCACAGCCACCCACCGCUGCCCUCGACCCAUGACGGCCACCCGGGCCACACGGGCCACGGCCACGCAGCACACCACCACGGGCAGCCCCCCGCCCCGCCGCCCCCCACCAGCAGCAAGGCCAAACCCAGCAGCAUAAGCACAAUUGUGUAGACAGUCUGGGCAGGGCCCCAGACUGCCCCGGAACACCUGCACACCACACAGAGCCAUGCCCGGGGGUGGCCGGCCUCAGACCAGACCCAGGGCACCUCUGUUUCCACCUCUCCCCUUUGCUCCCCACGGCCUGGAUGGAGCCCUCUGAGCCCAUGGGGCUUGUGUUGCAGGAAACAAAGUUCAUGAUCUCACUUAGCAUUGGUGUCCUGGGUUCCAUCUACUUGGACCCAAGGGGUGGGCCUCGGCCACCAUCAGCCUUGAAAACGGUGCCACCGGCCAUGUAGAUGUUGAGCUGUCCCCCACCCCAAAGCAGCCCUCAGCUCUGCUCCCCAACUGUACACACAUAUGAAAACCCAGCCUAGGAAAAGAAGAAAUGAGACACUAAAACCAGAGACAGAACAAAACAAAACAAAAACAAAAACAAACCAAACUUGCUGCAUUUAUUGCUCUUUUAUUGACAAUGGGCAAAAAAUUAAGUA